CCUUUCUAUGUUAUUACUCUCUCGUUCCUUUUUCUCUACAUACGGUCUAUUCCGAGUGCCUGUAUGAGUCAGCAAAACACUACCUUCAUACUGGAGCCUCAUGGCCAGUGGAAGUGAUAAAAGAUGAUUCAGGGUUGAUCACUGCAGAAUAAAGACAGCUAUCAGUGAGGAACAACUGAAGAUGGGAUCUACUUUCUUGCCAACGGUGGGUCGUAUGGCCGUGUGUGGCGGUACCCAUGGAAAUGAGAUGUCGGGAGUGUACAUAGUGGGAGAGAUGGAGAGACAGCGGAAAGUGAUGGGAGAUGGUGUGUGGCCCAUUCCUGUGACAACAGUUCUGUCAAACCCACGGGCUGUGAAAGAGUGCAGAAGAUACAUUGACACGGAUAUGAACCGCUGCUUCAGCAGUGCCAUACUGAGUUCUCCUAUUACAGACAGUAGCCCAUAUGAAGUGCGGCGAGCUCAGGACCUGAACGCUCUGCUGGGCCCGAAGGGGUCUGCAGGUGCCAUAGACAUGAUCUGCGACCUCCAUAACACCACUUCUAACAUGGGACUGACUCUCAUCCAUUACACCACCAAUGACUGGGUGACCCUGCACAUCUGCAAAUACUUACAGACAAAGAUAACCCAAGUGCCUGUGCGAGUGGUCACGAUGGAUGUUCCAAUUAGUGAUGCACAUUCAUUGGAAACUGUGUCCAAGCAUGGCUUUUCGAUAGAGGUUGGGCCGCAGCCGCAUGGUGUCAUCAGGGCAGACAUUUAUAACUUUAUGAAAGAGGGUGUGGAUGUGACAAUAGACUGGAUACAAAAAUUCAACUCAGGAACAGUAUUUGAAGGUGGGGAGGUUGAAGUCUUUAUGUGGCACAAGAGUAUUGAUUAUCCCAGAGAUCCUGAGACUCGGGAGCUCAAUGCUGUUAUUCACCCUCAGCUACAGGACAGAGACUUCUGCCAGCUCAAGAAAGGUGAUCCUUUGUUUUUGUCAUUUUCUGGAGAAACUGUGAAGUAUGAGGAGGAAGAAUCACUUUAUCCUUUCUUCAUCAACGAGUGUGCCUACUAUGAAAAAGGAAUUGCUUUUCACUUAGCAAAAAAGAUUAAGCUGCCGAUUCCAACAGUGCAAGUACAAAAAGACUGAAGGAGAUGGAAAAUAAAUUUUCCUCUUAUAAAUUCAUCAAAUUUCAUGAAUCAAUGAAAGAAUCACAGCAUAUGAAGCAUUUAAGUGAUUACGAACUAUCAAAACACAGAUGAUUUUGAUCUGAUGAAAUCAAAAGAUGGAAAACAUCUCAAAAGAUCUCAAUGCUAAAUCUACUGAUAUCUCAGGUACACUCCAUGUUCUGCAAACCUAAACAACACAAUGAAUGACUCAUAUUCACUAUACUCUGCUGCAAAAAGAUGGGCAACAUUGUUGAGGAUGAAAAGAUAUUUAUUGUGACCAGCAAAAUGUUCAUUUAAAAGGAACUUGUAUAAAAAUGUCUAUAAAAAGCAAAACCAUUGGAAGUAUUAUGAACACCAUCUCAUGAUGAUGUCACAGAGAGCUGUGGAGUGUGAGGUAUCUUCUUCAUUGUAUUGCUGAUGCCGUUUCUUCUGAUUGCUUUAAGAAAACUGAACCUCUCAAGGGCUGUAAAUUCCUAGAACAAAAAAACAACCUCACUUGAACAAAACUUGAUUUCAAAUAUUACAAUGCACAGAAUAAACCAGGUGGAACAAAAGGC